CUCCCUUUAUAAAUAGACCUGCAAAAUCUUCUUCUCCUCUCUCUCUCUCUCUCUCUCUCUCUCCCUCCCUCUCUGAAAGAUCAAGAGUAGAUUAAUAUUAGUGUGUGAUGGCUUCUACGCUGAGCAAUGGAGUGCCUGAGACGGGGAGCGGGCUGAUUGUCAGUUUCGGGGAGAUGCUGAUAGACUUCGUGCCGACGGUGUCGGGGGUGUCGCUGGCGGAGGCGCCGGGCUUCGUCAAGGCGCCCGGCGGGGCACCGGCCAACGUGGCGAUCGCCGUUUCCAGGCUCGGCGGGAAGGCUUCCUUCGUCGGAAAGCUCGGAGACGACGAGUUCGGCCGUAUGCUCGCCGGGAUCCUCGAAAAGUACGGCGUCGAUGGCCGCGGAAUCAACUUUGACCAGGGCGCCCGCACCGCCCUCGCCUUUGUCACUCUGCGCAACGAUGGCGAGCGCGAGUUCAUGUUCUACCGUAACCCCAGCGCCGACAUGCUCCUCCGCCCCGAAGAGCUCAACGUCGAGCUCAUCAGAUCCGCUAAAGUAUUUCACUACGGAUCGAUAAGCUUGAUCGUGGAGCCAUGCAGAUCAGCACACCUGAAGGCAAUGCAGGUGGCCAGAGAUGCCGGUGCCCUGCUCUCAUACGACCCGAAUCUCCGGCUGCCGCUGUGGCCCUCAGAGGAGGAGGCGCGUGAGCAGAUAAUGAGCAUAUGGGACAAGGCGGAUGUGAUAAAAGUGAGUGAUGUGGAGCUGGUGUUCCUCACAAAGAAUGAUAAGAUUGAUGAUGCCUCGGCUUUGUCCUUGUGGCACCCCAACCUGAAGCUCCUCCUCGUCACUCUUGGCGACCAUGGCUGUAGAUACUAUACCAAGAAUUUCCAUGGAGCAGUAGAGGCUUUCCAUGUGAAAACAGUGGAUACAACUGGUGCUGGAGAUUCAUUUGUUGGUGCCCUACUCUGCAAGGUUGUCGAUGACCAAUCCAUACUUGAAGAUGAACCAAGAUUGAGGUCAGUGCUCAAAUUUGCAAAUGCAUGUGGAGCCAUUACAACAACCAAAAAGGGAGCAAUCCCCGCCCUCCCAACUGAGGCUGAAGUCGUCACUCUGCUUAAAGCAUAAAGAUGACUUUGUUUUUUUUUUUUUCCCCCUUUUGGAGGACCCUUCUGUGUUUUUUUUUUUUUUGUUUUUUGUUUUUUUAAUUCUAGGUGUUGUUUUCACUUUUCAGUUCAAUUAAAAGAGGGUUUCCAAUCUCUCAUUUUUACUCGUAUUUCCCUUCAUGUAAUCUUGGGAAGGAUUGUGUUUUGAGCAAAUAAACCUUUUAUUAUGUUUGGCAA